CAACAACUAGUUAAUUACUGACAUAUAAUCCAUUCAACUGAGCGGACUGUUUUCAAGGCCUUCAUCCAGCACAUAUCUCCUUGCAUGAGGCCCCAAUCAGAUGGACGGCCAGGCCAUCUGCUCUGCUCGUAUCUGGAAGUCCCCCUGUUCCUGUUCUGCAAAACGCAAAGGAGAAGAAGAAGCUUAAUAAUGAACACGAGAGAACAGCGUUCGGCCUGUGAUGGAGAUAGUGAAUGACGUAUCUUGAACCGUGUCGGUUCUCCAAGACCCCUGGCCUGUUUCAAUAUAAUCUCUUUACACAUGGCCUUUCCGUGCAGGCAUCUGCCUGUUAUUUUGGCUCUGCUAGCCGAGCUCAAAAAGUCACUAUUCCCACCAUGGACUGGUUCUAGACAUCUGGUUUUGAUACCAGCAAUGGUGACAGCAAGCAAAGGGAUUAUUCAGGCACUGGAUAUUGGCAUGAUGCCUUCAGUUUGCUAUCCGGCAGUUUAGAUUUCUAGGCACCGGGGGGAGGGGGCGGUCUCUACUGCUAUCCCGCUUCUUCGAUGCAUGCAUGCAAGACUCGAUACCCUUGAAUUGGCAUCGCUAACGUGGUACCAUCAAUCCCUGCGGAAAUCACCGCUAGACUGGAAAUAUGGCCUUGCUCCAUACGCCGUUAGCGUUUGAUAUCGCCAGGGAAGUGGAUAUAUAAACUUGGGGCAAAAGCCUCGCAUUCCAUGUCCCGACGUCCCAAAUAAUCUUAUAUUGUUGCAUCCGGAGGAUACUUUGAUAUGUUCCAAAUGUGCCUUUCUACGCCCGAAGCAAUCUAUUUGGCUUUUACUAUGGUACAGGGUGUCAUUCCGAGGAGAAGAAUGUUCUAUCUAUCUAUCUUUCUUUCUUCUAGCUGUUUGUUUGCCUUUGGGUUGAUUCCCACCCAAGGCCUAGACAAGAAGCGCACCCACCCGGUUCAUGCGCUUCGACCUGCUGAAUUCUGGCCUCCACGCAACAUGUAUGGUUGGAAUGGAGGGAGGGUAGCCACUGCUAUAGCGCAUGGUACCAGCUGCCAGCGAAGAUUUCACCAAACCUGCCGUGGAUAUCCUUGUGAUGUUGGGGUGGAGAGACUGAAGGCUGCAGAAGUAAUGCAGUCUUCAUGUCCCAUUCCUACUCGACCUACCCAUAUGGUGACUGAGAUAUAAACUCCCCACAUUUCCUUCUGAGAUCUUGCAGAUAUCUUCUCCACAACAUCUCAUCCAGGCCUCGACUCAGCAUAGUCUCUCCAAUCUGGAUUGAUAUCCUUACUCAUAGCUACAUACAUACCCAGUUAUAUACCAUGAAGCUUUCCAUUGCUCUCCUUGGCCUUGCUGCCUCCCAGGCAGUUGGCCUUGCUAUUCCAGACGGUACACCGGAGACUGACGUACCGGAUGUCCUUACUUUGACUGAGCGACACCAUGGCGGAAGUGGUUGUCCAUCUAGCACCCAAACCGUCAGAUACAAUGUUGCCAAUGAUCGCAGAUCCAUCGUCAUCCAGUACGAAAAUCUCACUGCCCGGAUCAAUUCCAGAACUACCCCUGCCGAUGAACGCACCAACUGCCAGGUGAACCUCCAAGUCGCCGGCCGCAACAACUACCAGUUCUCCGUUGCCAGUGCUACAUACUAUGGCUCAGCUCGUUUGGAUGCUGGUGUGACCGGUAGACACGGAAGCAUCUACUACUUCUCCGGAAGCCCAGAUCAGGCAUGUUACUGACUAUCCCAUUUUGUUAUUACUGUAACACCAGCUAAUGGCAGCUUAGGCAUUCACUGCUACCGGUAUUUCUGGCCCUCGCCGUGGCAACUACCGCCUCGACGACGGUGCAAACAAGAGAGUCUGGUCCCCAUGCGGAGAGAGCUAUCCCUUCAACAUCAACACCGACGUUCGCAUGGACAGUGACAACGAGAAUGCCACCGGUGAGAUGAGCCGGGAGGACGGCGCUGACGGGACGGUCAAGCAGGUUAUCUCCCUCGACUGGAGGAGAUGUUAAGCAUAAGUCGUCUUCUCCUUCAUCCUCCAUCGCUCUUCUUCCCACUUCUUAUUCCUUUUUCUCCCCAGCCGUCUAACGGCUCCUCCUUCGCCUCAACCUU